AUGAAUGAACGGUGUGCUCUGUCGAGUAUAUUGAUUGUUGUCUGGAUAUUUCUAAAUACUCUCAGUCUAUGGUUUGCCACCUGGCUCAGUGUCUUCUAUUGUGUGAAGAUCGCCAAUUUCAGCCAACCUCUAUUCCUCUGGCUGAAGCGGAGAAUAUCAGGGCUAGUGCCACAGCUACUCAUGGGAUCCUUUCUGGUCUCCUUGGUCACCUGUUUAUUUACUAACUUUAUACAACUAUUGACAAUGAUAUUGGCUGCUUAUCCCUCUGGGCACACUGUUAUCUUAAUUAUGGGUAACCCCAAACUGAAGAGG